AUGAAGACGUCACACGUCUUCCUCGUUUUGGGAGCGCUGCUAGCGACACCUACAGCGGCUUUUGGGCGACGCCAGCCCAUUGACAAUGAGCCAGGUCCCCCUGCUGUGCUUUGGUAUGCUCCUUUCCUCAGUGGCGGCGGCUAUUGUAGUGAAGCGCACUCGUACGUGGUAGCCGUUGAUGCCGCCUUGGGGAAAGGAAAGAGACCCUUUGAGCUGCUUAUCACACAGCAUGGAGACUCGCUUAACCCGUCAUUUAUCCGAGAUCUGCCUAAGGACAUGAAGGCCAAGCUGGAGCAGCAUUGGAUCGAGGAGAGGGACUUUUACUGGCGUUUGAAGUAUAGAAAAACUGCUCUGGCAAUUUGUCACUCGGAGCCAGGAGCGUGGGAGCCUGCGCACUACAUAACGUCCCGUUGUCCUCCAGAGGGUGCACUCUACAAGGUUGGACGCACCAUGUUCGAGACAGACCGAGUACCCAAGGGUUGGCCCGACCGAAUGAAUAAGAUGGAUGAGAUCUGGGUACCUACCAAGUUUCAGGAAAAGAUUUUCGUGGAUGGAGGAGUAAGACCCGAAGCGGUGAAAGUCGUCCCGGAGGUGGUGGACGUGGACUUCUUUGACCCUGAAAAGGUGGACCAAGUGUACGAUCUGGCUAGCGAGACGGCGUUUGACCUGACAGAAAAGACGACUGUGUACUUGUCCAUUUUCAAGUGGGAAGAGAGGAAGGCUUGGAGAGUGCUGCUGAAGGCAUACUUCCAGGCGUUCACGGCGAGUGAUGACGUUGUUCUCGUGUUACUGACGAAUGGAUACCACACGACGUCGUCGUCGGCCGAUGACUUUAUGAAUGUCAUUGAGGAGUUUGCUUUAGAAGCAGUCGGCAAGAAACUACUGGAGUUGCCCCAUAUUCACGUGCUGCCACCGCAUAUCCCCCAAGAGGACAUGCCGGCUUUGUACAAGGCUGCCAAUGCGUUCGUUCUUCCGUCACGUGGUGAAGGUUGGGGCCGACCGCAUGUCGAGGCCAUGGCGAUGGAACGUCCUGUGAUCGCUACCUUCUGGAGUGGCACCACUGAGUACAUGACAGAGGAAAACUCGUACCCGCUCAACAUUGACGGCCUCAUCGAGAUAAAAGAAGGCGCGUUUAAAGGUCACAUGUGGGCUGAUCCUUCCGUGAAGCACCUGAAGGAGCUGCUACUUCGGAUCAAGGAGCAUCCAAAGGAAGCGGUUGCUAAGGGCAAGCAAGCUCGCAAAGACAUGGUGGACAAAUAUUCCCCGGAAAUCAUCGGAGAGAUCGUCCUCGGACACAUUUCUCGAAUUUUGGAGCAUGUCACGGCACAGGACGAAGCUGCCGCUGCUCAUGAAGAGCUAUAG